GCGGAGUGUCAGAGGCGGCGGCGGCGGGAGGCGGGCGGCAGCAGCAGCUCCGAAACGGCAGCGGUACCGGCUGUCGGCGCAGCCCCGCCGGGCCCAGGUGCCAAGGGCUCCAGCAGGGCAGCACGAAACCCUGCCACAACCACGUUGCUCCAUCCCCACACCCGAUGCCGGGGCACUGGCUGCCCUCACCUUAACAGGCAGCACUGGGUGACAUGGGGCGUGUGGGUCCCCGGCUGGCACCAGCACACCCCAUGGCAGUCCCCAUUGCUGCCUGGCUCUGGCUGAUGCACCUGGCCUCCUGCUUGGCUGCCGGGCAUGUCUCCGCUCAUGGCAAGAAAGAGAUCAGCACUGAGGGGGACCUGGUCAUCGGGGGGCUCUUCCCCGUCCAUGAGAAAGGAGUGGGGAGUGAAGACUGUGGCAAAAUCAAUGAGCACCGGGGCAUCCAACGCCUCGAGGCCAUGCUCUUUGCACUGGAUGAGAUCAACAAGGACCCGAGCAUCCUGCCGGGGGUGAAGCUGGGUGCCCACAUCCUGGAUACCUGCUCCAAGGACACCUAUGCUCUCGAGCAGUCACUCGACUUUGUCUGUGCAUCGCUGACCAGAGUGGAUGGCUCUGAGCACAUCUGCCCCGACGGCUCCUACGCUGUCCAUGACGACGUGCCCACGGCCAUCACCGGUGUCAUCGGAGGCUCCUACAGCGAUGUUUCCAUCCAGGUCGCCAACUUGCUGCGGCUCUUCCAGAUCCCCCAGAUCAGCUACGCCUCCACCAGCGCCAAACUGAGUGACAAAUCCCGCUACGACUACUUUGCCCGCACCGUCCCGCCCGACUUCUACCAAGCCAAAGCCAUGUCGGAGAUCCUCCGCUUUUUCAACUGGACCUACGUCUCCACAGUGGCCUCAGAGGGCGACUAUGGCGAGACGGGCAUCGAGGCCUUUGAGCAAGAAGCCCGCAUGCGCAACAUCUGCAUCGCCACCUCGGAGAAGGUGGGACGCUCCAUGAACAAGAAGACCUACGAUGGCGUGGUGCGGGCGCUGCUGCAGAAACCCAACGCCAGGGUGGUUGUGCUCUUCACCCGCAGUGAGGAUGCCCGGGAGCUGCUGGCAGCUGCCCACAGAGCCAAUGUCUCCUUCAUAUGGGUGGCCAGUGAUGGGUGGGGAGCCCUGGAGAGCGUGGUGGCGGGGAGUGAGGCGGUGGCGGAGGGAGCCAUCACCAUUGAGCUGGCAGCAUACCCCAUCCAGGAGUUUGCCUCCUACUUCCUCAACCUCCACCCCUACAACAACAGCCGAAAUCCCUGGUUUCGGGAGUUUUGGGAGCAAAAGUUCAAGUGCAGCCUCCACACACAGGACUGCAGCCGGUACUCCCUAAAGACGGGCAAGUUUGAGCCAGAGUCCAAGAUCACCUUUGUGGUCAAUGCGGUCUAUGCCAUGGCUCACUCGCUUCACAACAUGCACCGGGCUCUGUGCCCCAACACCACCAAGCUCUGCGACUCCAUGAAGCCUGUCAAUGGCAAGAGGUUCUACAAGGACUUCAUGCUCAAUGUUAAUUUUAAUGCUCCAUUUAGGCCAGCAGACACUGAGAGCGUUGUUCGAUUUGACCGCUAUGGUGACGGGAUUGGGCGCUACAACAUUUUCAACUACCACCGCACAGAUGGGCGGUACCGGUACCAGAAGGUGGGCUACUGGGCUGAGGGGCUCAUCCUCAACACCAGCCUCAUCCCCUGGGCACAGACGUCCAUCCCAGUGUCCCAGUGUAGUGAUCCAUGCAAGAAGAAUGAGAUCAAGAGCAUGCAGCCAGGAGACAUCUGCUGCUGGAUCUGCAUCCCCUGCCAGCCCUAUGAGUACCUGCUGGAUGAGUUCACCUGCAUGGACUGUGGUUUGGGUUACUGGCCCAAUGAGACCCUGAACGGCUGCUAUGAGUUGCCCCAGGAGUACAUCCGUUGGAAAGACGCCUGGGCCAUCGGUCCUGUCACUAUCUCUUGUUUGGGAUUUAUCUCCACUCUCUUUGUUUUUGGUGUCUUCAUGAAGAACAACGACACUCCCAUUGUGAAGGCCUCCGGACGGGAGCUGUGUUACAUUCUUUUGACUGGCGUCCUCAUGUGCUACAGCAUGACCUUCAUCUUUAUUGCAAAGCCUUCCACUGAUAUCUGCACCCUGCGUCGUUUGGGGCUAGGAAGUUCCUUUGCUGUCUGCUAUUCUGCCCUCUUGACCAAGACAAAUCGCAUCGCCAGGAUCUUCAGUGGGGUGAAGGAGGGGGUCCAGCGCCCUCGCUUCAUAAGCCCCAUGUCACAGGUGGUCAUCUGCAUGGCCCUCAUCUCCUGCCAGCUGGUCAUCGUCAUCAUCUGGCUGCUGGUGGAAACCCCCGGCACAGGCAAGGAGACUGAGCCUGACAAGAGGUACAUCGUCACCCUCAAGUGCAACAACCGUGACUCCAACAUGCUCAUUUCACUCACCUACAACGUCCUCUUGAUUGUCCUGUGCACGGUCUAUGCCUUCAAGACACGGAAAUGCCCCGAAAAUUUCAAUGAGGCCAAGUACAUUGGGUUCACCAUGUACACGACCUGCAUCAUCUGGCUGGCCUUCCUGCCCAUCUUUUACGUGACCUCCAGCGAUUACCGAGUACAGACCACCACCAUGUGCAUCUCAGUGAGCCUCAGCGGCACAGUGGUCCUUGGCUGCCUCUUCACCCCCAAGCUCCACAUCAUACUCUUCCAGCCACAGAAGAAUGUGGCCAGCCACCGUGUGGGCACAACGCGCUUCAGCAUGGCGGCCGCGGGCUCCAGCCAGUCCCAUGGCUCAGCCUCACAGUACGUGCCCACAGUGUGCAACGGCCGCGAGGCAGUGGACUCCACGACAUCGUCCUUGUGAAGGUUGGGGGGAGGCCAUACCCCAGCCCACCCUCUUGCAAGGAGCAGCAGCCCCAGAGCAGGGGCUGGAGGAGCAGGAAAGCAGCCCCCAGCCCAGCCCCAGCAUCACAACACUCAUCCCUCGUGCCCAUCAGUGGUGUGCAGCCCCAUCCCCAGCUCCCUUGCACUAAGCUGCACUGCCCAUCACGCUUCACUUGCCCUGACCAUGCCCCACCAUACCCCUCCUCCACGCAGAGCCCCACUGACAGCACGCUGCCCUCACCCACCCCACUUUCUCUUUAGUGUCACAACCCCUCAGAUGAGCCAAGCACCACACCAGCCUCCCCAGCACACCUGGACCCCCACACCUGCACCUGUGGCACUUUUCCUCUUCAUUUUAACUCCUGGGUUUGCAGGAUCCCAGCCACUUCCCUGUCCCCGAGGAGCUCUCCAUGCUCCCAUCCCAUGGUGGCAGAGGGCCAGGAGCCCCAACCCAUGCCUGCUCCAUGCCUUGGGGCAUUGCAGGCCCCAGCAGCACCUGGCAAGGGGCUCAGAGGGCUGUUGAGUGAUGGGGCCCCAGGGGGAUGAGCCCUUUCUAAGAGUAGAUUUUUUUUCUGUGCCCGAGAUUUAUUUAUUUAUUAUUUUCUUUUCUUUUGUAAUUUAUGUAAAUAAAGUGGUUUUUUGUUGUU